UGGGGUAGAAGCGUGGUGGUCCACCCCCGUGCUCAUCUAAAUUUAACCAUUGCAAACCCAUUUAGUCAGCUUCUCCUUUUGCCAUUUCACCCUCUCUUCUCUUCCGAAUCUUAAUCACUGCCUACUGAUUACCGCCUCUCCUUCCUCUGUUCUUCGAGUUUCGGUGAUUCAUCCCUCUCUUGGCUGAUGAAGAUCCUGUGCGACGUCUGUAAUAACCACGAGGCUUCCCUCUUCUGUACUGCCGACGAAGCCGCCCUAUGCGAUGCCUGCGACCACCGGGUCCACCAUGCCAACAAGCUCGCCUCCAAGCACCAACGCCUUUCUCUCCACCGCCCUUCUCCCAACCAAUUCCCUCUCUGCGAUAUUUGCCUGGAGAGAAGAGCUUUCGUGUUCUGUCAAGAGGACAGAGCAAUUCUAUGCAAAGAUUGUGACACGCCGAUUCACUCGGCCAACGAGCACACCCGGAAGCACAAUAGGUUUCUUCUAACGGGGAUUAAGCUCUCUGCUGCUGCUACGCUUUAUGCACCAUCAACCUCCAAUCCUGUUUUGACAAACGGUUCUGAUUCCAUAUCUAAUUCCAAGUCGCAGAAGUUGGCAAAGAACUCCAUUUCUGCAUCUUCUGCCAUCUCACAUCCCGCUUCAAUGGACAAGACUUCACCUUCGGCAGCAUCAACACAUACCACAAUUAACAAGGCUGGGGGAAACUUGUCAACGAACGAAGGGGUUGUUUCCACAAGUAGCAUAUCUGAGUAUUUGAUAGAGACUCUCCCUGGCUGGCAGGUGGACGACUUUCUCGAUUCUUCCGCUGUUCCGUUUGGUUUCAGUAAGAGUAAUGAUAUGUCGGCUGUGUUCGAUGCUGAUAUUGAGCGAAAUAUGGGUUCUUUCUCUGCCGAGAGUAUGGGGAUCUGGGUUCCUCAGGCACCCACUACUUUCUUUACCCCACAAGUGGAUCGGCAGAUCAAGUUCCAAGAGACAAAAGAGGCGACCAAUAUUGAGGCCAGCAGAUCAAUGUCGAGGGAUGAUAAUUUCAUAGUUCCACAAAUCAACCCUCCUAUUGGGUCCAAGAGAUCCAGACUUCUUUGGUAGAAAAGAGCCUCAAAAUCGAAUCCUGUUCAGAACACGGCCUCUGUAUCAUCCUUUUUUUUUUGGGGGGGGGGGGGUCAUUACAUCUCGUUCGUCUUUAUCUGGCUUAAAUUUCACGCUGCCCUUGUUUUUAUAAUGUUAAUGUUAAUUUGGUCUGCUUUUGGACUGUUUAUUUCUUGGCUUGUACUCUGCUUCCCAGCAGCUGGGCUCGGAGUUGAUCGUUUGGUGUCUCUCUUUCCUAUUGUAUUUGCAGAAUCUGCAAGUACCAAUGUAUAUAUGAACGUUCAUAGAGAGUUUUUGCCGAACA